CGGGGCCCGGAAGGCGACGGGAAGGAGCCAGGCUCGGGUCAUGGCGGCGCCGGGCGCGUUGCUGGUGAUGGGCGUGAGCGGCUCGGGGAAGUAGGUCCGGGAGAGGGCGGGGGGCGCCCGGGAGAGACGUUGCGGGCGCGGCGGAGGCCGGACGUGUCGCCGUCCCUGCCGGUGAAAUGGGGUCGUGGGGACCCCCCACCCUUCCCUUCGCAGAUGAAGAAACCGAGGCCCGCGGCUGCUGCGCACUCUCCCCGCCCUCCAGCCUGCUAGGAGAGCGCCCAUCCUGGGACGGCAUCCGAGCCCAGGGUUCCCGCUCUAAGACAGGGAGGCUGCAGCGACCGCAUGCUCAGGGAGGAAACCGCUCCUGAAGAGGCGGCUGCGGGGCCGCGCAGGUGGAGGCCUGGCGAGCGGCGCGGGGCUCGGUUUCGGGGCGCCUCGUCGGGGCUAGGCGGGAGGGCGCACGGCCUCUAGCGAGAGGACGCAAACCAAGGCCCAGGCUCUCACGGACCUUUGGCCAUCUGAACACACAGCGGCCUCCUCCUGUGAGGCCCUGGACUUCUCCGAUUCGAUUUUGUAAAGUGAAUCGUUUUCCCCUUCCUUUCAUCAGCUUAACCUGGAAGGAGACAGCGUUAAUAUGGAGGGUAGCUCCUGAAGGUUUGGAAAGAAAGGAGAGAAUUGUGGAAACCACACAGGUAGCCCAGUAUGCUAACUUGGAGACUGAGGAGUUAACAUUUGGCUCCCUGUUUAAACCAAAGUCUAACCGUGCCCUUUAUCAGAAAGGACAGCUGCUGCAGCAGUCGACCACAGGCAGCAAAGGAUAGAACUUGAUCACCUAAACAUUAUAACCUUCAAGGGCCUAUAGGACCCUUCUAGAAUUUUCUGAAUCAGGAACGGCCCAUGUUGUGGCCCGUGUAGUCAGGUGUAAAGACUUACUCCAGGUAGAUGGGUUUUGCUUUCCAAAAUUGCUGUAGGGUUCUUAGCCACAAAGAUAAGAAAUCUUGAACUGAAAUUGAAAUAAAACAUGGAGUCCCCAAAUGCCUAGCUGCCAUAUGAUUUGAAUCAGUUGGAGAAUGUAAAAUCAUUGGCAUCAUGUGAUGUAACAGGAGUGAAGAGCCCUAGGUCUUGGUUCUGUUGCUGUCUGGCUGUGUGGGCUUGGGUAAUUCAUGUGCCCUUCUGAGUCUUGGAUCAGUUGAGGGGGGUCUAAUCCCUAUGAUGUAUAGCUUGUGAUAUUCAUGUACUCAGUAAUUAUUGAGCUCAAUCCUUACUCUAUGUCAUUGUCAUAUAGCGAACAGGACAGAUAAAAUCCCUGCCUUCAAAGGAUUUACAUUCUGAUCCACCGUGGGCGCCCUGCUGGCAUCUGAGCUGGGAUGGAAAUUCUAUGAUGCUGAUGACUAUCACCCGGAGGAAAAUCGAAAGAAGAUGGGAAAAGGGAUACCGCUCAAUGACCAGGACCGGAUUCCAUGGCUCUGUAACUUGCAUGACAUUUUACUAAGAGAUGUAGCCUCGGGACAGCAUGUGGUUCUAGCCUGUUCAGCCCUGAAGAAAAUGUACAGAGACAUAUUAACACAAGGAAAAGAUGGUGCAGCUCUGAAGUGCGAGGAGUUGGGAAAGGAAGCAAAGCGGGCUGAGAUGCAGCUCCUGGUGGUCCAUCUGAGUGGGUCGUUUGAGGUCAUCUCUGGACGCUUACUCAAAAGAAAGGGACAUUUUAUGCCCCCUGAAUUACUGCAGUCCCAGUUCGAGACUCUAGAGCCCCCAGCAGCUCCAGAAAACUUUAUUCAAAUAAGUGUGGACAAAAAUGUUUCAGAGAUAAUUGCUACAAUUAUGGAAACUCUAAAAAUGAAGUGAGAAUCAUUUUGUAUCAGUGGUCCACACAAAAUUAAGCAUAAAUAUUUGUGCCAUCACAAACCUCGUUCCAGCCACCUUGCCCAUACUAGAUUCUAAAUUUUUCUAAAGGCAAACAAACCCCAAUGUAUCAAGACAGACUUGUUUAGGUGUAAUUUUAGGAAUUAUGCUGGUUCAUCGGGAAGCAGAAGGGGAGUUUUAAAAGUCCAGCUUAAAUUGAAGUUUAAAUUCAUUAAAUGAUCAGAGGAAAUUCUGUAAUCGAUGCUGGAAAUCGUUACAUUGUUUAGAACAUUCUUGCUCAUGCCCAUAUGUGCACAAAUAAAUGAAACUUGGCUGUCUUUG